AUGGAGGCCCUCCAACCCUCCACAUGGAGGCCCUCCAACCCUCCACAUGGAGGCCCUCCAACCCUCCACAUGGUGGCCCUCCAACCCUCCUCAACUGUCCUCCACAUGGAGGCCCUCCAACCCUCCACAUGGAGGCCCUCCAACCCUCCACAUGGAGGCCCUCCAACCCUCCACAUGGAGGCCCUCCAACCCUCCACAUGGAGGCCCUCCACCCAUGGAGGCCCUCCAACCCUCCUCAACUGUCCUCCACAUGGUGGCCCUCCAACCCUCCUCAACUGUCCUCCACAUGGAGGCCCUCCAACCCUCAACUGUCCUCCACAUGGAGGCCCUCCAACCCUCCACAUGGAGGCCCUCCAACCCUCCACAUGGAGGCCCUCCAACCCUCCACAUGGAGGCCCUCCAACCCUCCACCCAUGGAGGCCCUCCAACCCUCCUCAACUGUCCUCCACAUGGUGGCCCUCCAACCCUCCACAUGGAGGCCCUCCAACCCUCCUCAACUGUCCUCCACAUGGAGGCCCUCCAACCCUCCUCAACUGUCCUCCACAUGGAGGCCCUCCAACCCUCCACAUGGAGGCCCUCCAACCCUCCACAUGGAGGCCCUCCAACCCUCCUGUCCUCCACAUGGAGGCCCUCCAACCCUCCAACACAUGGAGGCCCUCCAACCCUCCACAUGGAGGCCCUCCAACCGUCCACAUGGAGGCCCUCCAACCCUCCACAUGGAGGCCCUCCAACCCUCCACAUGGUGGCCCUCCAACCCUCCUCAACUGUCCUCCACAUGGAGGCCCUCCAACCCUCCACAACUGUCCUCCACAUGGAGGCCCUCCAACCCUCCACAUGGAGGCCCUCCAACCGUCCACAUGGAGGCCCUCCAACCGUCCACAUGGAGGCCCUCCAACCCUCCACAUGGAGGCCCUCCAACCCUCCACAUGGAGGCCCUCCAACCCUCCACCCUGGAGGCCUCCUCAACUGUCCGUCCACAUGGAGGCCCUCCAACCGUCCACAUGGAGGCCCUCCAACCGUCCACAUGGAGGCCCUCCAACCGUCCACAUGGAGGCCCUCCAACCCUCCACAUGGAGGCCCUCCAACCGUCCACAUGGAGGCCCUCCAACCGUCCACAUGGAGGCCCUCCAACCGUCCACAUGGAGACCCUCCAACCCUCCACAUGGAGGCCCUCCAACCCUCCACAUGGAGGCCCUCCAACCCUCCUCAACUGUCCUCCACAUGGUGGCCCUCCAACCCUCCUCAACUGUCCUCCACAUGGAGGCCCUCCAACCCUCCGGGCCUCAUUGA